GGUUCUCAUCCCGUCUCUCGUCAGUCCCCAGGACAAGGAUCACCCUUGCUCUUCGGUGGUGAUCAACACAACUCGAGUAUUUGGAGCAUGACCAGAGAGGAGAGUGAAAAGGGUAAGAAGAGAGUGGGACAAGCAUUGUGGAAUACAGGAUCGACAUCUGCCCCACAUCUCUCUUCACAAACUUUUGCGACAACUCAUACCGCUUUGCCAUACGUUCGGAACGGACAACCCCUCUCCGUACCUCUCCCAGGAUCGGGCUUGAAUCCAACUGCUGCUUCGGGUCCGAUGCCAAUAUCGGUCAUGGGUUUGACUUCGGGUAAUGGUACUGGUAUUUUACCCCCUCCGCGGUCGGUAUGGUCACAAGAGACUCUGUCGUCCGCUUCUGCUUGGCCUCAGUAUGGGGGAACGGGAUAUUAUGCGCAUUUACCGGUAUCGUGGGGACAGACUCGAGACCGUUGAUUUGACACGAUAAGAGGGAGAGAGUUCAGAGGAAGUGUUUCCAAACAACGAGCUCUGCGCCGUGGUAGAGUUUCCGAAGCAUAUCGCUCGACGUCUCCCGUUUUCUCUCCACAUUGUUUCGAUAUACCCAUUCAAGCCAAUCGUCCUACCUCUCGAGUCGAGAUGCCACGUCAGAUAGGGCGAGGUGAAUGUAGUCAGAUCAACUGGACAGGGAAGAAAUGCGAUUUAUAGCAAAACUUCCAUAUGUGAAUGCAUCGAUUCAUGACUCUUU